GAGCAUCCACUACACACCAGUAGCAUGUGCCAGUCAAGAAAAAAUAGUUCCACCUAAAAAGCCCCCAUCUAGUUUUUUAAGUUUCUUAAAUGCCAAGAGGUCCGAUAUCAAAAAUGAGAAUCCAGACAUCAAAAACACUGAACUUUCAAAAAUUGCUGGUGCAAUGUGGAAAUCAUUGAAUACAGAUGAGAAAGCAAUGUAUGUUAAUGCAGCUAAGAAGGAGCUUGAUAAGUACCAUGAUAAGUAUGAGGCCUUCAUACAGAGUCUGUCUCCGGAGCAAAGAGAGAUGUUGGGAGAGCAAGGCAGAACUAGAAAACAGAAACUGGAAAGAAGGAGAACAAAGGCUAUGCUUCACAAGCUAGAGAAACCUAAGAAGCCUGUGAGUGCAUUUCUGCGCUUUGCGGCAUCCAAGAUGGUGGACCGUGGGGAGGCCCCAGUGCCGCAGUAUAUGUCUGGAUGUGCACAGAUGUGGAGGAGAAUGCCUGAAGAUGAUAAACAGGAAUUUAAGAAGGCAUAUGCUGAAGAAAAGGCAGAAUAUGAGAAGAACCUUUCUGCAUGGGAACAGAAAGUUAGUGCAGAAGGUCACCCAGAGCUCGUGCGAGGUUACUCACAACAAUUAAAGAAAGAAAGAAAUGCAGCAAUUAUUGCCAAAAAGCGUGAAAAAAUGGCACUUGCCAGAGCAAAAAAACUUCAGAAGGUGGCAGCAGCAAAAGCCAAGAAAAAAGAAAAACUGGCUCAGCAGAGAAAAAGGAAGAAGGAGAAAGCUGAAGCACAAAAGAAAAAGCAACGUAAGAGAGCAGUUACCAGGGUGAAAAAGCUUAAAAAAAUAACUAAAGAUGAACCUUGAAACUUUUUGUCCUCAGCUUGUAGAGAUACCAAGUUAUCUCAGCCAUGGUCAGAGUAGUCUCACCCAAAGAAAAGACAACUAAAGUGAUCAGUCACACAUCUCAGAGUAUGUUAAGAGAUUGUUAAAAUGUUGUCUCUGCCAAACACUGCCACUUUUAUUUCUUUUGCAAGAUAAUGCAUUCCUCUCUAGAUCCAUUAUUUUCAAGGAAGAGAUUAGGGAUUGAAGAAACAUGGUUUUGGACAAAAAUAAUUAUUCUGGCAAAUUCUGUCUGCUUUUUUGUCUUCAAAACUUGGCCAUGUAACUCUUUUUGUAUUAAGGAAUGGAUUUGGUUUGAUUUGUAUGUAUACAGACUUGUCUUUCAUUUUCUGUUUUAUUUUAGUCUAAAUAGAAGUUGUGAGACACCUGUCAUGUAUGUUAUUUUCCAGCAAUGAGUACUUCUAGCAAUAUAACUGCAAGUUCAUCAGCAGUCAAGUUGACCGAGUGAGUGGAAACUUAAAAUUGUCUAUUUUAACUUUAUAUCACAUUUAAUGCCAUCACCUAUUGUCAGAUAUUACACCUUCGAUUUGUAGAAUAAGUGCAAUUUUUGUUUUUAGGAAACCGGAGAAAUAUCUCAUUCGGGGAAUUUUAUGCUAUCAAAUUAACAGUGCAAAUUUAUUGAUAGCUUAACCAUGUACAUGCCUUCAAAACGACGUACCCACUUUCAGUAUUAACAAGGGGGGAGGUGGGGAGUAGCUGUUGUGUCAAACAGCACAUUGAAAAAUUAAGCUAACAUUUAAAUUACUAGAAAAGCUGGGAUUAUUUUGAUACAGAAAUGUUCCUUCUGUCAUUGAUUUUGAAAUAAAAUUAUUUUCCAUAAUUGUUGCAAUAAACUUAAAUAAGCAGUAAAUGAUCUGGAGUUGCACCUAAGUUUUUUCACCAUAAAAAAUCACAACCUUAGCAUAAAGGCAACUAGGCUAUGUUUUAAAUGUACUUUUACCUGUCUUUUAUAUGUAGCAUUGGUGUUUUGCUUGUCUGUUUUGAAUUUCUUGAAAUUUAUGAAGGCACUUGUAUCUAAAUAAACUAUUAAAUAUUUUUUAAAAUGUUAUAAAAACAUUUACUACUGUUAAAUUUUACCAUAUUGCAGUUUGGUGUUGAUAGUUAUUACAUCUUAACAUGAAUUGUUAGUUUUUUAACAUAUGAACACCAUUCUGUCUGUAAAUUAGCCUAGUUGAGAUGCAGUUGGCAGGUGCUUGUCUAGUGUACAUUGUUACCUUAUAUAGUAUGAAAUAGAGAUAGAAAUGAUAGCUUGUGCACUUUGUUACUUGCUGUAACAGAUUCCAUAGAAAGCAGGUGUGCACAUUUUACAUUGUAAUGGAUAUAUGUAUCCACAGAGUAGCUAAUGAAUAGUGUCGUUUUAUUUUAAUCUUGAGUAUAGGUGAUAAAGCUAUUACUCUCUGUUUUAUGAUGUCUGGAUUGCUGAUUGAAGACACAAUUGAAGGUAUCAUUAUCAUUAUCAUUGCUGUUUGGCAAUGUACUGUAAAUGUUAUUAGUUAUCCCUUAUUUUCAUGUGCAAUACGGUUUCUGUUGAUCUGCCAUGAACUGAAGUUCAGUAGUAUGUGAACAUGGGGUAACAAAUAUAGCACUUGAUGGACAAAAACCUUUAUAUUUUCCCCUACUUUGUUUGGCUGUUUACAACCAGUGAGCCAUCUCUAUAAUUGGACUGGAGCCUCGGCCUGUUGUCCAGUUUUCAGAACUACAAAAAGUGCUGUAUAUAUGAUCUAUGAAUAGAUUUGGAAAAGUUACUGUAUUUUUAACCAAUCAAAUUACAGUUUUCAUUCAUUGAAUAAUCAAAAUAUGUAUUACAAUGUUUCAGAGGUAGAAAGAUCGAUGAUCAGAUAGGCGCACUGAAAGUGAAUAACAGAAACCAAAAAGAAUGUAAACAGUUCUCUCUGGGAAAUACUGUCCUUGCACAAGAUUCAUUACCACUUAAAGACCGCAGCCUGUUCAGUUGCCACUUCUUGAAAGAUGGACAUUCUUGGCUGAGCGUUUUGUUACUGGUAGUGGCUCUCUAUAGGUUCAGAGAUUGGUUUCAUUACACACUGCUGACUAUAUGUGCUGUUAGUUCAUAAAGAUGGACCAUCUGGGAUUCACUAAAGCAAGUUUGACCAUAAGUUGGUGUUAAAACCCCUGUUACACUGGGCUAUCAGCCUCUUGGAGAACAAAUGUUGGCCCACUUUCACAAAUAUAUCACAAAGUUAAACCUGCAGUAUCUUUUAGUUCACCACUAACAAUAAUCAAUGGAUUUAAUGUCGACUAUCAAAUAUUGCCGAAGUUCUUUGAAGAAAGAACUAAAAGCAUUGAAAAAGCAAAAGUGUGUUCUCCUUGCGGAUGCAAGCCUUGCAUAACAGUGGCUUGACAUUUAAAUCCAGGUUUCUCCCACUUCUUAAAGAAAUGUCUGAACCAGUCCACCACAAGUAGCUGUUGCUUAAAACAUGGGGAAGUGAUUUGAGUGGAUUCUACACAUUUAUCUUGGGUCAAAGAACAUUAAAUCGCAAGUUUAAACAAAUGAGACCAUAUUUAGUUGUUUUGAGAAACUGGUACCUAGAUAAGUUCAAUUUAUUCAAAAUAUUAAAAUUGCAAAAAUUCAGCAAGGUCUGGUGCUGUCUGUUGAGAUAUCAUAGAUGCAUGUGUGCAAAACGUAAUAAUACUGUAUAAUUGUCAGAAAUGCUUACUUAGGCACUUGAUGCUAUUAUUUACUAUUGCUUCAUUUCAAGAAGUUUUAUAUCUAGUUUCACAUUACAUAAUAGUAUUAAAAAUAAAA